GGGCCUGGCCGGAUGGGCGUCACAAUGGCUUCCGGUCUCCAUGGCAACCCGGGCCUGAUGGCAUGAGGUCGGAUCGGAAGGCCCAGAACAGUGCGCCAGGGUCCCCGUCCGCCUAGAGGUCCCACCCAAGCCGGGGAGGUGGCCUGACUCUCGGAGAGAAGGCCACGAGAGCACCGCUCCAUGUCAGAGGAGGAGCUGAGGUUGUGCCAGCUCCCAAUGACCUCCCCGGUGGCAGGCCUGGGCCUGGCCAAGAUGAAGCUGGACAGUCCACAGUCCUUCCUGGAUGUGGAGGACGUGGAGGAGGUGGAGGAUCAGCAGCUGCUGGAACCAGAGGCGUGGAGGACCUACAUGGAGCGCCGCAACACCCUGCAGGAGUUCCUGACCUCGGACCUGAGUCCCCACCUGCUCAAGCGCCACCAUGCCCACAUGCAGCUGCUCAAGAAGUGCUCCUACCACCUCGAGAUCCUCCCCAAGCACCUGGCCCUGGGUGACCAGAACUCCCUGGUGCUGCCCAGCACCAUGCUUCAGCUCAUUGACCCCUGGAAGUUCCAGCGCAUGAAGAAGGUGGGCACGGCACAGACCAAGAUCCAGCUCUUGCUACUUGGGCACCUGCUGGAACAGCUGGACCAUGGCCGCCUAGAGCUGGACUCCCUGCUUGAGUCACCAGACCCACGGCCUUUCCUGGCCGGCUGGGGACUUGUGGAGCAGCGCCUGGCGGACUUGUCAGCCAUCAUGGACAACUUCCUGGCCAUGAUGGUGCCAGGCCGCCUGCAUGUCAAGCACCGCCUGGUGUCUGACAUCGGGGCCACCAAGAUCCCACACAUCCGGCUCAUGCUUAGUACCAAGAUGCCAGUCAUGUUUGACCGGAAGGAGUCGGUGGCCCACCAGGACUGGGUCAGCCUGCGCUGGUUUGUCACCAUCCAGCCGGCAGCGCAGGAGCAGUUUGAGCUGCACUUCAAGCUGCUGGAGCCGCAGACACAGCAGGAAUGCAUGCAGUGUGGUGUCAUCCCUGUAGCAGCCUGCACGUUUGAAGUCCACAACCUGCUGCCCAAUCGCACCUACAAGUUCACCAUCAAGAGGGCAGAGAGCUACACCUUGGUGUACGAGCCCUGGAGGGACAGCCUUUCUUUGCAGACCAACCUGGGCCCCCCCGAGGGGCUCACCCCCACGCGGCUGCCCAGCCUGCCCUUGACUGUACCUUCUGAGAGAUGAUUUUCUAGUAUUUAUCCACUAAUAAAGAGGAGUGAGUAUACAUAUGCACAAUUAAACAAACUUGCUAGGGUUUAAG